AUGAUAUGGGAAUACUAUAAUGGGAAGAUCCUGUUCGUUACGGGUGGAACAGGAUUCAUUGGCACUGCUGUGCUUUACCGGCUUUUAACCCAAGCAACCCCGAAGCACGUCUACGUGCUUUGCCGAGGUGGUUUUACGAAAGCAGAGUCAAAAUGGAACAACAUGCUACCAGUAUCCAUUGCGAAUACACUUACUCGGAGCAAAUGCAUGACCAUUCUGGAUGGUGAAUUGGGUGACACUGCAACGAUGAAUCUUCCUGAUGAAGACUUACAAAUGCUUAAAAGAAGAGUCCAUAUCCUCAUUCAUGCUGCAUCAUCAAUCGAACUCAAAAAUUCGCUCCGAGAACUAUCUUACAGUGUUAUUGCGCCGACGCUCUGUCUUACAAAAUAUGCCCUGAAAUUCCAGAAUCUCGAGAAAUUUGUAUUUCUUUCCAGCGCCUAUGUCAAUGCGCACCUUUGGAAAUUGAGCGAAUCUUCCGAUGUGGCUGUCCAAGAGCGGGUAUAUACCCUCGAUGGAAAGAGCGAAGACAUCUAUGAGAGCGCUCCUGCAAUAUGGAGGGAGUUGCAAACGAACGGUACCUCUCAAGAGUACGAAAGUCACGACUUUCCUUGGCCAUAUGCCUAUGCCAAGCAUCUUGCCGAACGACUAAUUCUGCAGAAGGCCUCCGAACAAAAUGCUCUGGACAAGAUUCUUAUCAUUCGGCCUUCAGUAGUCGGACCGGCGGAUGAGUUUCCUUAUCAUGGCUUCACAACUUCAUAUUCAACGCCAUCAACAGCCUGUGCGGCUGCCUAUGCCAUACAUCCGCGGCGGAAGAUAGUUCUUGCAACCCGUUGUGAGAACCCUGACCAAGAGGCCACAAUCGACGAGGUUCCAGUGGAUGUCGUGGCUGAUCGACUCCUGGUACAUACUGCCGUGGGAUCAAGUGGAUGUGUCCAUGCAGUGAGCGGCGAGAAGCGCCGAUUACGUCUCGAAGACUGGUGGGUUGCCUUCAAGAACGAGCGCCGUCUCCCUUGGCAUGUCAAACCAGUCUGGACCAAAGAAGAUUGGCAUUCAUCUAAUCUCCACCAUAUCGCGCGGAACUUCAAAAUCAUCGGGACAUCAUUCGCCUUUGCGGAGGAUAAGUCUGACCAGGUAGCUGAUACGCUUACUUCAGACGAUUUGGAGCACCUCAAUUUGUUCGCAGAUCGUUCUCGGCCCUAUCAUCAUUCUCUGAUUCAUCGAAGGCAUCAUAUCCACCAUUUGGCGAAGCAGAUGGCAAAGAAAAACAAAAUUCCGGCCUGUAUGGCUGGAUUGUUCUGCCACAAAGGGAAGCCACCACAGCACCAUCAAAUACAAAACGAGAAAGCCACAGCGUAA